AUGAAGGAGCUCGAAUUCCUGGACUUGGAUACUAUCGGAUGUGGGUGGAUGAGAGGGCAGAGUCCAGGACCAAUCCCAGGGUUUCAUGACUUGGACGUUUGGGUGGAUCAGCCGCAUCUUGGGGAACAGACCCUGCUAGAAGAAUCUGAAGAAAUUCACAGUGAUCUGGAGGCAAUGACCGAGAAAAUUCAGUCCCUCACUAGUGUGUACUGUACAGAGAGAAUGUCUCAACAAGUGGCCGAACUGGGACGGGAGACGGAGGAGUUGCGGCAGAUGAUCAAAAUUCGUUUGCAGAACCUCCAAGAUGCAGCUAAGGAUAUGAAAAAAUUCGAAGCCGAGCUAAAAAACUUACAAGCUGCUUUGGAGCAAGCCCAGACAACCCUGACUUCUCCAGAAGUCGGACGCCUUACUCUCAAGGAGCAACUCUCUCAUCGCCAGCAUUUGUUGUCUGAGAUGGAGUCAUUAAAGCCGAAGGUCCAAGCUGUGCAGCUCUGCCAGAGUGCCCUCCGCAUCCCUGAGGACGUGGUCACCAGCUUGCCGCUGUGCCACGCAGCUCUGCGCCUGCAGGAGGAGGCCAGCCGCUUGCAGCACACAGCUAUCCAGCAGUACAACAUCAUGCAGGCAGGUGUAGCCGCCCCUCCGCUGGCAGAGCAAUCGCGAAUGAGUCAUGGGCUGCUUUUCUUAGCACUGUGUGGGCUCAGCCAGCAAAACACAUCCAGAGUGUUGAAUUGGACAGACCCUUGUGGUUAUGUAAAAUAA